UGAGCGCGCAGGCGGCCGUGGGGCCCGGCGGGCGCGCCCGGCCCGAGGUGCGCUCGAUGGUGGACGUGCUGGCGGACCACGCGGGCGAGCUCGUGCGCACCGACAGCCCCAACUUCCUCUGCUCCGUGCUGCCCUCGCACUGGCGCUGCAACAAGACGCUGCCCGUCGCCUUCAAGGUGGUGGCACUGGGGGAUGUGCCGGAUGGAACCGUGGUGACUGUGAUGGCAGGCAAUGACGAGAACUAUUCUGCUGAACUGCGCAACGCCUCAGCCGUCAUGAAGAAUCAGGUGGCCAGAUUCAACGACCUCCGCUUUGUGGGCCGCAGUGGGCGAGGGAAGAGUUUCACACUGACCAUCACUGUGUUCACCAACCCCACCCAAGUGGCCACCUACCAUCGAGCCAUCAAGGUCACCGUGGACGGGCCCCGGGAGCCCAGACGGCACCGGCAGAAGAUAGAAGACCAGACUAAGGUGUUCCCUGACCGCUUCGGGGACCUGGAACGACUGCGCAUGCGGAUGACACCGAGCACGCCCAGCCCCCGAGGCUCACUCAGUACCACGAGCCACUUCAGCAGCCAGGCCCAGACCCCAAUCCAGGGCACCUCGGACCUGAACCCUUUCUCCGACCCCCGCCAGUUUGACCGCUCCUUCACCCUCACGGAGAGCCGCUUCCCCGACCCCAGGAUGCAUUACCCCGGCGCCAUGUCGGCCGCCUUCCCCUACAGCGCCACGCCCUCGGGCACCAGCAUCGGCAGCCUCAGUGUGACGGGCAUGCCGGCCACCAGCCGCUUCCACCACACCUACCUCCCGCCGCCCUACCCCGGGGCCACGCAGAGCCAGAACGGGCCCUUCCAGGCCAACCCGGCACCCUACCACCUCUACUACGGCGCCUCCUCGGGCUCCUACCAGUUCUCCAUGGUGGCCGGCGGGGGCAGUGGCGGUGGCGAGCGCUCGCCCACCCGCAUGCUGACCUCCUGCCCCAGCAGCGCCGUCUCCGUGGCCACCGGCAACCUCAUGAACCCCAGCCUGGGCCAGGGUGACGGCGUGGAGGCCGACGGCAGCCACAGCAACUCACCCACCGCCCUGAGCACGCCGGGCCGCAUGGACGAGGCCGUGUGGCGGCCCUACUGACCACCUGCUUGCCCACCUGCGGCCGAUCGACACCCCGAUGAGAGGACCCAGUGCUCCGACAGGGACCGGCCCACUCCGAGGCUCCAAGCAGCAGUGGGACUCCUGCUUCCCUGCAGCCAGUGCCCCAGGGGCCAGAGCUGCUGCGGCUCCUAGAAGACCCACCCGGCCACAUCUUUGUACAGAGGGGACCCUGUCCCCAGCCCGUGUCCCAGUCAUCUCAUCCUCCACCCCCGCGGGAAACUCCUGCCACCUCCCCUGAACCACCUCGCUGUCUCCCGCUGGGCCCAGGCCAUCUCCACCCCAGAGAAGGGAUCUCACCCUCAGGGGUCGGCCCCAGCCCCAGGGAAGAGGUCCCCGACCGCAGCCAGACGCCCUGCACUGUGGGCCAGCCCGGUCUGCAUUUACACCCAGUGAGUCAGAACUGGAAAGCCCCACCGGAGAGAUGGGGCAGGACACCCCUGCAGGAGGGACGAGCAUGCACCCAAGCAGGCCCCCAGCUCUGCUCCCCACCCUCUCUAGUGGCUCAGAGGCCCCUGGCCCGUCUCAGCAGCAGGGCCCUGGACACACCACCCUCCACGCAUGUGCCCAGACCGCGACGUCCCCCUCUGGCCUCAUGGGGAGUCUCCUGGUUGCCAUUUGCUGAAAGAACCCGGGCGUCCCCCGAGUCCCGGCAGAAAGCACUGAGGUGUGGCGUGGCGUGGUCAGGUCUGUGCCCUGUGGCUGAGGGCCGGCGGAGCACUGCCUCACCUCUGGAGUGGCCCAGCCUCCUCUCCCAGUCCCUGCCGCAUAGCUCUCUCCAACCUGUUUGCACUCCUGAACCAAAAAAGUCUUGGACAAAAAACAGUUUUUAAAAAUGAUUUUAGAGAAAGCAGCUUCAGUUACACAUUUUGAACCCAAGCCCUGCAGCAGAUAGUGUUCUGGGCUUGUGAACUACACACACACACACACACACACACACACACACACACACACACACACCCCUGCCUCCUGCCAGCGCUCUGUUAUCAGGAUCCCACUGCCUCCUCCCUGUCACAUUCCUACCUCGGCCAGGGAACCCAGGGACCUGUGGGUAGGGGGAUGGAACGCCAUGUCUAUGUUCUGGGACAUUCGUCCAAGUGACAGGGCGGGGCCUGCUGGGCUGGGUGGGAAGUGCGAACAGUGCUGACUGUGUGACAGCCCCACCCGUGGCUCAGGCCCCCUAUUCAGAUGUUCCCCCCGCAUCUUGCAGAUGAUGGAAACCCCUGCAUCUUGCAGAGGGGAACACAAGGGUCUACAAGGGUCCUUGUGUCUGAGUUCUUGAGUGGAAAAGGGUGAGAAAACCAGGGUUGGAUACCAUGCGAUUUCAUAGCUUUCAGCCACAUCCUGUGGAUGUGGAAAUCUCCCCUUCGGGGCUCCUUCUUGGUGGUCUGUGUGAUGGCCAGGCUAGCCCAGCUGUAGCACAGUUAGAUCCGUCCCGGACAGGUUAGGAAGCUCCGAUGAACCUGCUCCAUCCCUCCUGCCACCACUCCUCUUGCCCUGUUCUCACUGGAAACGGCAUUCCCCAUCUCUUACAAUAGCGGCCAACUCCCUGCGCCCAGGGGCCCUCCGUGCCUUCUCAGGAAGCAGCUGCAAAUGCACUGCCCUGCCCCUUGCCUCAUUCCCUCCCACGGCUGGCAGGAGACAUGCCCUGGGGUUCCCAGUGCCCAGUACUUUGUAGCCGCACCUGAGACUACCCCUUCCUGAUGCCCACGCCCUGAUGGCAGGACAGGAAGCAGAUGGACCCCUGCCCUCUCUCAUCCCCUGACAAGCAGUGAUGGUGACCGGGUGAGUCUGUUUGGGUCCACAGUGGGUACGGACUUCCUGGCUGGUGAGAAUGAGUCCUGAUUUGCAAGGCUCACACACACACACACACACACACACACACACACACACACAACAUGUAGAAAGCACAAGGAACGGGGUUUGGUACGAAGUCUGUGUAAGCGUGUUUGUGGUGGGUGCAGACCCUUUGUGACAUAUUGUCAUGCCAAGGUGCCCAGAUCUGCUGUGGUCACAUCUUCCAGAAAAUCGUCCCAAGCGGGGGGUGGGGUGGGGGGGUGGAGCUGCUUUGCACUAUCAUUUGCUUGGUGUGUUUGUGUCUCGUGCACAACCUGCUUGUACAGUAAACUGUCUGUCUUCUGUACUAUUUAACUGUAAAAUGAAAUUUUGACUGGUUUGUUACAAUAAUAUAACUGAGAUGUGUUGAAUGA